GCCAAGUCGGCCAGGUACAAGACAAUGUACCGAGGUACCUCAAGAAAUGACCAGUACCUCUCUCCUGCGAUGUGCAAGAUUAUUGACAUCAACCUGCUUUUUGGUUAUGAUGUGUUGUGGUCACUCCUCUCUGACCCAUUGCUCCAGAUCGAGGUUACCUUCGCUUCUGUGCCAUGGCCUCUCUUUCUCAUUCCAGAGGGGCUGUUCGACAUAACAACAGCAAAGGUGAUGGAGUUCUUCUCGCAGGUCUGCCCAGAUGUCGACCAGGUGGUUCUGGCAGAAGCUCAGCUUGAGCGUUGGAGACCAGACCACAUCGAGGACCGGGUGAUUUCGCGGGUGGUCAAUGAACACGACCGCGAUCUUAUACGCCAGGGUGCCAAGCGUGUGCAUGAUGCCUUUGUGUUGCUCUUGAAAGAAGCUCGCUGAGAAAGGAAUGAUACUAUCUGGGAGGCGUGAGUUGGUGAUGAAUGAUCGAGCCUCUCGGUCCUUUUGUUUGGAUGAUAGCCGCUAUCGUGGCUCUUUUAACGAUCUUUAGCUUUCCCCUUUUUAUUACUGUUAGUGUAUGCAUCUCUUUUAUAUCUUUUAACAUAUGCCCUAUGCCACCCGUUCAUUUAUGCCUAUCCAUAUUACCUAUGCAUUCCUUCCCUUGUUUCACUGUUGUCCUUGCUGUCUUCUUGGAUGUAUACCACUGGACAGUCUGUAUCACUAGAUAUCUUACCUGGAAAACACUGCUAAUAACAAAAC